AUGUCGUCCCUAUACGGCAUCCUGGCAAAGCAAAAUCCACUUAACGACGAGAAUAAUCCUGUAAAAAACAUUACCGUCUUCCUCCUCCAGCUUAUCAUCAUCAUCAUCUUAUGCCGAAUCUUAUCAUUCGGGUUAAAAUUCAUCAAGCAGCCACCAGUCGUCGGUGAGAUUAUCGCGGGUAUUUUACUAGGUCCAACAGCCUUUGGCGCAAUACCCGGUUUCACCCAGACAAUAUUCAGCGACGAACACAAGGCUUUGUUGUCCCUCACCAGCAACGUCGGUCUCGCCCUUUUCCUCUUUCUUGUCGGCCUAGAGACUGAUAUCGAUUUGAUGAAACGUUUGUGGAAGGAAACUAUGGUUACCACUAUCCCAGGUCUCCUAGUUCCUUUCGGCGUAUCUGUUGGCGUGUCUGUACUCAUGUACCAAGAAUUCGCUGACCCUUCCAUCAACUUUAUCGGCUUUUUCCUCUUCAUCGCAACUUCAAUGGCUGUUACCGCUCUCUCUAUUCUCUCUCGCAUUCUCGUUGAACUCAACAUCAUUUCCACUAAACUCGGUGCAAUCGCUAUAGCUGCAGGUGUCUGCAAUGACGCCAUGGGCUACAUUCUUCUCGCUAUCUCCACUGCCGUGUCCUCUGGCGGUGAUCAGAUCAACGCCCUAUGGGAGCUUCUCUGCUUGAUUGGCGAAGUCAUCUUCAUGUGGUUUGUCACUCGUCACAUUAUCAGCUACUUCUAUCGCAGAAACGAGUACAAACUGACUACUGGUAUCGCUACUCUUACUAUAGUUGGCGCCCUUAUCAGCUCUUGGUUUACUGACAUCCUAGGCUUGCACCCUAUGGUCGGUGCUUUCGCUUUUGGCGCUUGCUGUCCCCACGAGCAUGAUUUCCCAGAGAAGAUGACUGAAAGAAUCGAAACUCCGAUCAUGAUUUUCCUUCUCCCUCUCUAUUUCGUAUCCAGCGGUCUUAACACCAACUUUAUCCUUCUCGAUAGCGGUAAGAUUUGGGGUCUUAUCUUCCUCCUCCUUGCAGCCACCUUUAUUAGCAAGGGUGGCUGCACCGCCGUUAGCUGUCUUUUAGUCGGUCUCCCGUGGCGCCAAGCCAUGUGUGUAGCUUUCUUGAUGCAAUCCAAGGGUGUUAUAGAGCUCGUUAUUCUCUCUGUCGGUUUAGAGCUUGGUGUUAUUUCCGAACUAGUCUACGCACAGCUUGUCAUGGUCUUUAUUCUUACCACUCUCACCGUACGUCCGCUCGCAGACUGGGUCUAUCUCAACAGAAUCGAUCUCCACGCACACCCCGUCGACGAGAAGGACAUUGAAAAGAAUGAGGGGGGUAUUACUCAAGAGGAAUCUCCGUCAGCCUCCAAGAGCGUUCUUAUUGUCUUUAAUACCAUGGCUCCUCCUUUAACCCCUACCCUCAAGUUUCUUUCGCUCCUGUCGUCAUCGACGCCCGGCUUCAACGUAGUCAAUCUUCAUUUGCAUGCAAUCGACAUAACUUCACGUGCAUACAUAGCACGUGCCACUGCAGCCGAGUACCUUGGACACUCGCACAUGAACAUAAACAGUGAGGGUCUGGAACUAGUUAAUGCGCUAACCUCAUUCGAGAAGCUAUCCGGCUUAGUCAACACUCACCACAAGUCCACAUCUUUACUAGUUGAGCGUGUCGAUCAUGUGCGCGUGACGCUCGAGUACAUGCAAUCCAUCUCCACCUCAGGCAUAGUCAUAACGCCGUGGAUACCAUCCAGCGGGGCUUUCGGAACUGCAGCGACGACAAUUGCGAAUGACAUCAACAAGCCGCGCUCUUUCGCUGGUGCGUUACUGAAAGAGUCACAAUACAUAGCGGAGAUGGGCGUGAUAGUGCAACCCCUCGAUAUACUGCGACAUGCUAGCAGCCAUGCGAAGAAAUCUCCCAGACGUCCUAAAGUCCUUCUCAUCUUUUUCGGUGGCAAAGAUGAUGAUUGUGCGCGAGAGAUAGUGCGACGGAUCCAAUCUGUCGAUGUCGUCAUACUCAACUUGACCAUUCAAUCGGAAACGCACGAGAGCAAAUUGGCACAGGAGGCUGAGCUCACUCAAAUGGUUUCUCCGGGAAUGGGGCUGCCACAAAAACACGACGAUAACACGCUUCAUGGUCAGAUCACUAUGGUCGCACCUGGUAUACAGGAGAGCAGAGGUCUGAGUCAUAUGUUCCACAGACGCGCGUCGCACGAUGUGGGUGCGGGCGGGCUUGGUGAUGACGAGGGUGGUGGUGAAGGCGCAACCGCUUCUGCUCAGAAUGAUGUGCCCGACACUCCUCCCGAUGGCACUCCUCACCGUAUCGAUAUAAAGGUCGACGCGGAAAGCAUCCUCACUACCCUACUAGACUCGCUUCACUCGGCACUGCCUGAUCCUCAUUCAGAGGAUAUGGUCGUCGUCGGGCGCGCGAAACUCGACCAGCAGCGCACAUCGCUCUUUCGGUCCCAGGCGGAGGAACUGCUGAGGGGGAACGCAUAUGAUAUAAGCACAGAGGAAAGAGGCGAGAUUAGUGAUAUUGGUAGGGUUUUAGGCUCCGUCGCACAAUCUGUUUCACUCGACCUCGGCUGUUCAAACAAGAGGAACGAAAUGGGCUGUCCGCAGGUACUAGUAGUGCAGUCAAAAUCGGUUCCUGAGGAGACUGCUGUAGAUGCAGAAGUGUAG